GGAUACAAUGUAACGAACCAAGGAAAUUCCAAUCAAAACAAACAUUUCUGUCAUCUGUCAGAUUAUAAUAUGACGGAACAAAAGUCCCGGGUCGUGUUUCUGGAGGGACUGUAUAAGGCGGUGGACCGGAAGUGGUAGACACGUGUGGACGGAGACUGGAGAAGAGGGGAGGAUGGGGAAACCUCGCAGGGUACAGAGGCACAAAAAAGCCAAAGAAGAUGACCUUGUGUAUGACGAAUCCGUGUCCAAUGCAAAUAUCCCUUCCACAAAGGAGCUCUCCUCAAAGUAUUAUAAUGAUGAAGUUGAUGAUUACCACGAGGGGAAGUUUAAGAGUCUGAUGGAAAAAGGAGUAAAAUUUGACAGCGAUGCAGAACAAUAUGACAGUGAGGAGGAGGUUAUGCCCCUUGAUAUUCCUGAAGAGGAGGAGGAAGAUGAUGAUGAUGAAGACGAUCGUAUUUCAAUGGGAAGUGACCUAGAAGAUCGUACAAAUGAUGGUCUACCAGAUGCUUUGGCCUGGGGGCAGAAGAAGAAGCUGUAUUAUGAUACGGACUACAAGGAAUACAACAAAAAAAAGAAAAAAAGCCAAGAGGAGCUGGAUGUUGAGGCUGAAGAAGAGGAGGAGGAAGCACAAAAUGUCCAGCAACGGUUGGCAAAGACCCUCAGUGAGGAAGAUUAUGGGCUGGAUUUCUUACAGGAAUAUAGCGAAAAACCGAGUGAUGAGAAGCUGUCCGAGGAAAAGAUUGUGAAGGAUUUGGAGAAAAUGUCUGAUAAGGAGAAACGCAAAUUGUUGAAGAAGGAAUCUCCGGAGCUGCUGGAACUUACUCAGGAUCUGAAGCUUAAGCUAGAAGAGGUGAAAAAUGAAUUGGAACCAUUGUUGCAGCUGGUGAAAGAUGGGACCAUCCCUGAAGGAAAGGGUAGUGCCUACCUGCAGACUAAAUUCCAGCUGUAUAUGAACUAUUGCACAAAUAUCAGCUAUUACCUGUUUUUGAAAGCCAAGAGACUGCCAAUCACUGGGCACCCCGUGAUAGAAAGACUGGUCACCUAUAGAAAUCUGAUAAACAAAUUGGCGGUUGUGGAUCAAAGAUUAUCUCCAGAAAUACAUUUGCUUCUAAGUGAAGAUUUCCAGAAAAAUCCAAGUGACUUUAAACUCCAAAAUAGUCGACCAAAAGCUUCCAAGAAAGCAGCUGUCAAGCGCCCUCUAGAGGAGCCUAAGGACACAGACUCAGAUCUGGAUGAAAACGAUGCUCUGAGCUAUUACAAGAUGAUGGAGAGAAAACUACUAGAAAAAAGGAAACGUGGGAAAACCGAACAAAUUGAUGAGGUACCAACAGAAGAAAUGGAUCCCAAUGCAAAGAGAGCUAUUACUUACCAGAUUGCGAAAAAUAAAGGACUUACACCUAAAAGGAAGAAGAUUGACCGAAAUCCCAGAGUUAAACACAGAGAGAAGUUCAGGCGUGCCAAAAUCCGCAGAAAGGGCCAGGUCCGAGAGGUUCGCAAGGAGGAGGUCAGAUACUCCGGAGAGUUAUCUGGGAUCCGUGCAGGGGUUAAGAAGGGUAUCAAGCUUAAAUAAAGUGUGUGUGUGUGUGUGGAUUUUAUUGUAUAUUAAAAAUGUCUUCUAUUUGUAA